AGGAGGAGUGUGAGGUGGAGCCAUGUAGGUUGGGUCACUGAGCCCGGAUCUUCGUCUGCGUGGGAGUGGGGCUUCUUGCAGACAAGCCAAGAACCGCUGGACCACCAGAGCCCAGUGCGAUGGAACAUGCAGUGGAGAUUAUCAUGCCAUGGAGAUACCCCUGUCCAAACUAGGGGGGCGAAGGACUUGGAAACUAGAAAAUGCUAGAUCUGAGCGAAGCGAGACAAGAGAACAAGGCCAGCAACACACAGAGCUCUGUGUAUUCAGAGGGAAGUUGGCAGGGUUGUGCCCGGGCAGAGAAACUCCGAGUGGUACAAAGAGACGUGCCCGGAGUGGAGAAAUCAUGCUAAUUUUCUGCACCAGAGCUGGAGAACGCCACCCAAAAUGAAGAGAGAAAGGGGAGCCCUGUCCAGAGCCUCCAGGGCCCUGCGCCUCGCUCCUUUUGUCUACCUGCUUCUCAUCAAGCCAGUCCCCCUGGAGGGGGUGAACAUCACCAGCCCAGUACGUCUGAUCCAUGGCACGGUGGGGAAGUCUGCUCUGCUCUCUGUGCAGUACAGUAGCACCAGCAGCGACAAGCCUGUGGUGAAGUGGCAGCUGAAGCGUGACAAGCCGGUGACGGUGGUGCAGUCUAUAGGCACAGAGGUCAUUGGCACUCUGAGGCCCGACUAUAGAGACCGGAUCCGGCUCUUCGAAAAUGGCUCCUUGCUUCUCAGCGACCUGCAGCUGGCAGAUGAGGGAACCUACGAAGUGGAGAUCUCCAUCACUGAUGAUACCUUCACAGGGGAGAAGACCAUCAACCUCACCGUAGAUGUGCCCAUUUCAAGGCCACAGGUGUUAGUGGCUUCAACCACUGUGCUGGAGCUCAGCGAGGCCUUCACCCUCAACUGCUCCCAUGAGAACGGAACCAAACCGAGCUACACCUGGCUGAAGGAUGGCAAACCCCUCCUCAACGACUCCCGAAUGCUCCUUUCCCCUGACCAAAAGGUGCUCACCAUCACCCGAGUGCUCAUGGAGGACGAUGACCUGUACAGCUGUGUGGUGGAGAACCCUAUCAGCCAGGUCCGAAGCUUGCCUGUCAAGAUCACCGUGUAUAGAAGAAGCUCCCUCUAUAUCAUCUUGUCUACGGGAGGCAUCUUCCUCCUUGUGACCCUGGUGACAGUCUGUGCCUGCUGGAAACCCUCCAAAAAAUCUAGGAAGAAGAGGAAGUUGGAGAAGCAAAACUCUUUGGAAUACAUGGAUCAGAACGAUGACCGCCUGAAAUCAGAAGCAGACACCUUACCGCGAAGCGGAGAACAGGAGCGGAAGAACCCAAUGGCGCUCUAUAUCCUGAAGGACAAGCUUCCACCACGCCCAGGCUAUUUCCUGUCACAAGACCUACUUAUGGGCUUCAGAACCCUUCCUCUGUGCUCUGCUCACAGGCAAUGCAAUAGCCUCAUUCAUCACGACCAGGACUCCUCUGAACCGGAUGAGAACCCCGCUACAGAGCCUCGGAGCACCACAGAGCCUGGCCCACCCGGCUACUCCGUGUCACCGCCUGUGCCGGGCCGUUCUCCGGGUCUGCCCAUCCGCUCAGCCCGCCGCUACCCGCGCUCCCCAGCGCUAUCUCCAGCCACCGGCCGGACGCACACUUCACCGCCGCGAGCCCCGAGCUCGCCCAGCCGCUCACGCAGCGCCUCGCAUACACUGCGGACUGCGGGCGUGCACAAAAUCCGCGAGCAAGACGAAGCUGGGCAGGUGGAGAUCAGUGCCUGAGCUGCCUUGGGAGCCCGCUCCGGUUGCCCACGUUCUGCUGUCCGCAGCAGGGGGGAGCCUGAGAAGCCCCUGUGCCACUGGCCUGGAGCGAGGGAGAGAUCGUGGCCUGAUCCCCGUUUAGGGUGCCCACGUGUGUGAGCUUGCACAAAUGGGUGGAGCGCUGAUCUCGGUGUUAAACCCUGUUGCAUGUGUGCUGGGUUUACUGGCUGUGUUCUCAGUGGGUAUGAGCUGUGCCCUCUUAGGACUACAUAGAUUAUUAAAUGUCCGACCCAAUCCUCUAAAGGGUUUUAUGGAAACUAACAUCUGUAAUUUUAUCCAGUGAGAUCAUCCUAUGCAUCCCCCUGGGGUGCAUAGGAUGCUUCCAAUCCACCUCCCAACCCUCAUGCCUCCGAUCCCUAAUGUCUGCGGUACUCCCCCCCACCCCCAGCCCAAAUUAGGGUCCACUUACCCACAGUGCUGGCUCCUGGGUGGACAGGACCUAUUCUGACCACAGAGAAGUCAUUGUCUUAAAGGACCUAUUCUGUACACCUGGUUCCCCAUCCCUCCAGAGUGUGAGGUGAACUCCACGUGCAUUCCUAGGACCAUAGGACUAAGCAGGGACAACAUAGCAGGCCUCCAGUGCUUGGUGGCCUCCAAUGGCUUCCUCAGAAGCAUGCCAUACGGAUCUUUCUCCCUGUCGUUGUUCAUGAGAAGGUGGGCGGGCUUGUGCCUAUAGAGCAAUGGUUCUCAACCUAAAGGUCAAAACCCCUUUGAGGGAGGGUGUCACAUGUCAGAUAUUGACAUUACAAUUCAUAACAGUAACAAAAUUACAGUUAUGAUGUAGCAACAAAAUAAUUGUAUAGUUGGAGGUCAGCACAACAUGAGGAACUGUAUUAAAGGGUCGCAGCGUUAGGAAGGUUGAGGACCACUGCUGUGGAGCUUGCAUACCCACUCACCACUGACCUAGAGAGUUGCAUCUGGCAAAGACCUGAUGUUAACCGUUCACAUGCUUCUUUCUUCCUUUCUUACAAAACGAGGCUUUCAAUCAUCCUCAGGACGGUUGUGGGGGCUUCCUGGAGCUUCAAGGAAAUAAGAUUCCACUCUCCAGAGAAACAUGGAAAGAAGAAGAAGCUUAGUGCUCCCCAAAAUGUCAGGGCAGCCAUGGCCCACCCCAAUCCUCCUGCUUUCCACCAGCCAUGGAGCCUGCUCUGUAAUCUGUAUCAUCAGAAGACUAAGGGCAGGGCCACUCCCGGGCCACCACCUCUUUGGGCAUGUUGGAAGAAAGAAAACAACCUACUGUGUGAAGACAGAAAGCGCACAUGGCCGAAAGACAAGAAGGUCCCGGAUGUUCUGCCCUCUCUUACCUAAUGCCCCCAAGGACCUUGUGUCCCUUGUCCCUCCUCAACACCUAAACUUCAGCUCUGCCUCUGCAUCACUCCAUGAGCAACUCCCAAGGCCCUAUAUUCAUCACCUCUACACCAGAACACACUUUGCUCCAGCCCUGCAGGCACCAAGAUUUCUGCCUUGCCUGCACGCCCUCACCUCACCUGCGAGUCUCUCAGCUCUCCAUUCUGAUGAUCUCCCUGCUCCUGGAGCAGGCUUGACUGUCUGUCUGUAGCAGGCUUGACUGUCUGCAGCAGGCUUGACUGUCUGCAGCAGGCUUGACUGUCUGUAGCAGGCUUGACUGUCUGUAGCAGGCUUGACUGUCUGCAGCUCUCCUAGCUUAGCCAGAACCCACAAUCCACUAACCUUCCCAGCUGCCUCACCCACCAUCAAAUAGUGAGCGUAGGUGACAGUACAGGCAGGUUAGGAGAUGUAAGACCUGGAGGACUACCUUGGUCAGCUUUGAGAUACAGGGUUGAGAUGAGAACAUGUCAUAUCCUGGUGCUGUAUCCCGGCAGGGCUGGCUUCCCAGGCUCAAGCCAAUUUUGCCUUAAAUCGGGGGUAAGUAAGGAAGUUUUUUUUUUAAUUUUUGUUUUGCUUUGUUUUGAUCUUCAUCUUUGUAUUACUAGCAUCUGGCAGGGUGCGUAGCAUACCCUGGAUGCUCAAUAAACUUUUGAUGAAAUGAAAAAACUUUAUCUCCACGUAUGCAAACUGAACAAGUGAAUAACCUAAAUGUAUAAGUUAUUCCCUUUUUCUCUUAACCUUCUUUCACUUUCUUUCCAAAUUGCAAAUCAUCCAUUCCCAAACCAUCACAUUCAUCAGUUAGUCAGUCAGUCAUGUGUUCUCUUAGUUACUAAACAAAUAUUUACCUGUUUACCGCUGACUAUAUCCCAGAUACAUGAUAAAGGUAUUGUGUCAUGACUUCUAUCCAGAAAAAAAAUCUCACAGAGGAAGACAGUAAGUGAACAGAAUAUUACAAUACAGUGUGUAAGAGAAAUAACAGAAGUAGAUAUAAUAUAAGGUACUCAAAGAACACACAUCAGGUUUUACAGGGGAUAGGAGGACAUAUUCCAAGUGGGAGAAGCAUGAACAAAAGUCUUGGAGGGCAACACGGGGGAUCCAGGGUACUGAGCCACUGAAGUUGAUGGCAUUAUUUUAGGAGACUGUGCAGAGCAGAAAGUGAGGAAAGCUCAAGACAGGUCUCUGGAACCUCAGACACUGUAUCUUGUGGAGUUGGGUUGAAAGGAUCUCACAAAGAAGGCUAAAAAGGCAUUAGAAUUGUAUUGGAAAACUGUGCUUAGCCCACUGGUGAGGUAAGAAGAGUUAAGCUUGAGACUCUUAGAUUAGGUUGAUGUCUUAGAAAAGGUCUCCCUGCUGAUAGUGUACAAGACACUUGCAGAUGAAACUGCUGAUCUCCUGAGGAGAAAGCCCUUUAAAUUUUCUGAUACUAAAACCAAUCAAAGAUGAGUUAAGAGAUGUGGUGACACAUGCCUGUAAUCUCAGCACCUGGGAUGCUGAUGAAGAGGAGUCCCGAGUUUCAGGUCAGCCUGGGCUACACAGUGAAGUCCCGUCUCAGGCAGCAGGAAGAAUUAACAACAACAACAACAACAAAGAGGUCAAUAAAUAACAAGGAAACAAAUCACCAUGGAUGAGAGACAAUUUAAGAUGCAAAUGAUUCAAACCUGCAAAGUCGUAAGGUGUUGGGAUUAUUGGAUUCAAAGCAAUGAUAGAAUGCUUGGAGGAACAGAAGACAGCAGUGAGCAGCCCAGGUUACAUGAGAACAUGUCUCAAAAAGAGCAAACCAACGACACCAACAAAAGGUGGUCAAAAGAGUUAACUGGCACAUUAAACAAGUCUGAAGAGAUGGAUAGCUAAUUUGAAUAUAUGUCUGAUACUAUUCAGACAGAAAGACAUGAAGAUGAAAAUAUGAAAAAGAUUAAGGGAUGUGUCAUGUAGACUGAAAAUGUGGUGCAUUUAAUCCAGACCUCAAUGGAGAGAAUGGAAGGGAAACCAUUAAUCUUUUUAAAGAUUUAUUUCACUUCCUAUUGUAUGUAUGUAUGGAUAUGUGCAUGUAAGUGCAGGUGCCCUUGGAGGCUAGCGGUGUCACGUCCCUUGGAGCUGGAGUUACAGGUGGCUGUGAGCUGCCUAACAAGAAUCCUGGGAGCCCAACUUGGGUCCCCUGCAAGAGGAGUAUACACUUCUAACUGCUGAGCUGUCUCAGCAGCUCCAGGAAGCAAUUUUUUUUUUCCUUUUCAGAGACAGGGCCUCACUGUGUUGCCCUAGCUGACCUGAAACUCUCCAUGUAGACCAGGCUAGCCUCAAAGUCAAAGAGAUCUGCCUUCUUCAGUCUCAUGAGUACUAAGAUUAAAUGCUUGGCUCACCACAGGCAGCCUGGAAAGCCAUUAUUUUAAAGGUCAGUAACUAGAGGGUUUUUUUUUAAUGUUUUCCUUUAUUUUUAUUUUAUGUGUAUGGGUGCUUUGCCAGCAUGCAUAUCAUCUGUAUACCACAUGCAUGCAAUCCCCUCAGAGGCCAGAAGAUCCCCUGAACUGGGGACACAGAUGAUGGGGACUGCCACACAGGCGUCAGGAGUCAAACUCGGAUCCUCCGGAAGAGCAGCCAGUGCUCUUAACCACUGAGCCACCUCUCCAGUUCUGGAUGUUUUCUAAAACCGAUAAGUACACAAAAAGAUUAGCAAAACAAGAAAUGGGAAAAAAUGAUCAUGUGUGAAAAAUUGGUAGUAAAAAUAGAGUUUGUCAAAGACAAAGUGAACAUUUUAAAGGCAGAGAGAGAAAAAUGAAAACCAUUAGGAAGUAGAGCAAUUCUUUUCAAGAGGAGAGCAAAAUAACCACCAAGAAUAUUUUGCCUAAUAAAACAGACUUUUUUCUUUC